CAAUCCAAAUGCAUCAAAUCUCUUACUUCUACCUUCUCACAUACCUUUCAAAGUUUCAAACAUCUUGGUAAAUUUUCAUUCUUCAUUGCAUCAAUAAUACUAUGACAGCCAUGAAAAGAAGCAGAGAAGACGAUAGGCAAGUGGAAGCAGAGGCCAUGGCUAACUGCGCCUUAAUGCUUUUGUCUCGUUUAAACACCAACAACACUUCUUUAUUAUCAACAACAGAUCAUCAUCACAAUGAUUUUGAAUGCAAGACUUGCAAUAAACGCUUCCCUUCUUUCCAAGCCCUUGGCGGUCACUGUGCAAGUCAUAAAAGGCCAAGAUUACUUGCCGGUGCCGGAGAUUUUCUUGUACAAUCCAAAAAGAAUAAGAUGCAUAAAUGUUCUAUUUGUGGAAUGGAGUUUUCUUUGGGUCAAGCCUUAGGUGGCCACAUGAGACGUCACCGCGAUGAAAUUAAUAAAACGUCGACAAUGAUACCGGUGUUGAAGAAGUCAAACAGUAGCAAGAGAAUUUUUUCCUUGGAUUUGAACUUAACCCCUGAUGAUGAUGUUGAUUUGAAGUUAUGGCCGAUGGCACCGGUUCCAUCUCCGGUUUUACGAAUCUUUAUUUAAUUGAUAUCCUAUUCGGAUUAGGAGAAUUAAGUUGCAAUUAUUUCGUUAAUUCUUUUCGGACCCUUUGCAUUCUUUUUCUUGCAUAUAAUCCUUAUUUAGUUCGUCGAUUCUUUUACAUAUGUUGAAUCUAUAUACCUUGAAUAGUACUAGUAUUUUCAAA